GACUGUUGACUCCGUUUCGGCCGAGGCUCUGGGAGACUAGUCGACUUGACGCCGUCGUUGUUACGCAUCCUCCCCAUUAUUGCCCAUAUUCGCCCUUUGGUUGGAAUGGAGCUCCUCAGACCAUUUCCACCUCCCGGUUUAGGAUGAUGGCGUUCUCCACAAGGAGGAACCAUGUUCUCUGGCUGUCUUGUUAUUACUGUUAUUGUUUAUCUUGUUAUUUCGAAUUUGGGAUAACCCUCAGGUUAGCUCGCAGUCCUUCUUCGCCCUAUUUUACUUCAUCUAGUUUUUAUUUCAUCUUAUUUCAUCUUACUUCUUUUUUUCUUUCUAAGGAGAGGGGGGUGGGGGUAUUUCCUUUCUCCUCUAAUUUUCCUGAAUCACCCACAUCCCCUUCUGUUUUGCCUUCCCUGGUCUAUGCAACACUAUAUGUGUGGUCAUGUAAAGAACUUUUACUCCAAGUCUCAUAACAGGAUUUCCCAUUGUCCACCACUAAGCCUUUGUGGCUUGGACUGUUCGUCACUCAUAUUACCUUCGAUGUUA